AUGCUCAGGACAGUCACCGGACUACUGCUCCAGAGAAGAACCACCUGCCAAGCCAUCCGAAACCAGCCGCACAUCCCCAUCCAUCGCCUCGUCCAUUCCAGGCCACCACCACACCCGCGCUUCAAGAUGGCAGAGAAAGUACAGCCCAAUGAGCAAGGCCUCUAUCUUGAUGAAGCCUCCGGAGAGAUGGUCAGCAAGAGCGAACUGAAGAGGAGGGCCAAGCUGAGGGAGAAAGAGGCCAAGAAGGCAGCAGAGAAGCCUAAAGCGGCCCCGCAGACUUCGGCUAAGAAAGAAGCUAACCCAGGCGCAGCAAGUUCAGAAGAAGAGCUCUCACCCAACCAAUAUUACGAACUGCGAUGUCGGGCCAUCCAAGCGCUCAGAGAAGCCAACCCGCCCUUCUCGGCAGCACCAAGCUCAGACCCGUGCCUCCCAUCUCCCUAUCCUCACAAGUUUCAUGUGACCAUCUCGAUCCCCAAUUUCAUCAAGACUUACGCCGACCAAGUCCCCAAUCCUGGCGAUCGAUUAGAACAUCAGGACCAAAUCAGUCUUGCUGGUCGGAUCCACAAUAUGCGACAGGCUGGGUCUAAGCUGAGGUUCUAUGACUUACACGGAGAAGGAGAAAAGGUGCAAAUCAUGGCUUCUUCCAAUGAUUCGAAAGAGCCUAACAAUUUCGAAGCGACUCACGACAUCUUCCGACGAGGAGAUAUCAUCGGGGUCACCGGCUUUGCCUCACGAACCAAGAAGGGUGAACUCUCGAUCUCGCCCCGGAGCAUGAUCCUACUCUCGCCGAAUCUCCAUCAACUGCCUCGUGCUGAGACGACCAUCACAACAGAGGCUGGAACGGUAGAGAGCAAGUUUGGGUUUAAGGACCAGGAACAGAGACAUCGUAAACGGUACCUCGAUCUCAUCAUGAACAAGGAAGUCAGAGACGUCUUCAUCACCAGGGCUCGGGUGAUCAACCACGUCCGACGAUUCUUGGACGACCUUGGAUUCUUAGAAGUCGAGACUCCGAUGAUGAACAUGAUUGCUGGUGGUGCCACUGCCAAACCAUUUAUCACCCACCAUAACUCCUUGGGCUUAGACCUCUUCUUGCGGAUCGCCCCAGAGCUUUAUUUAAAAGAGCUCGUUGUGGGAGGGCUUGAUCGAGUGUACGAGAUCGGGAGAGUCUUCAGAAACGAAUCGAUCGAUCUGACGCACAACCCGGAAUUUUCGAUCUGUGAAUUUUACAUGGCUUACGCAGACAUGUAUGAUCUCAUGGAAUUAACGGAAUCGAUGCUCUCAAGACUAGUGCACAAGCUGAACAACGGUUCAUACAAAAUUCAAUACCAUCCCGAAGGACCGAAUUCUGAGAAGGUCUACGAGUUGGAUUUUUCUCCCCCAUGGAAAAGGUUCAAUAUGAUCGAAGAACUCGAGAAACAGUUGAAGGUCAAAUUCCCUACUGGCAAAGACUUCGAAGAUAAGGAGUUGAUCACCAAAUUCUUGGACGAUCUGUGUGUCAAGCACAACGUAGACUGUCCAGCCCCACGAACGAACUCGAGAUUGUUGGACAAACUGGUCGGCGAAUACAUUGAAAACCAAUGCAUCUCUCCCAGUUUUAUCGUCGGACAUCCCCAGUUCAUGUCUCCCUUGGCGAAGCGAGACCGCUCCAAGCCUGGGCUUUGUGAACGUUUUGAGGCCUUCGUCGCCACUAAAGAGAUCUGCAAUGCUUACACGGAAUUGAAUGAUCCAUUUGAUCAACGAGAACGGUUCGAGGAACAGACUCGACAGAAAGCGGCCGGAGACGACGAAGCUCAAGGAAUCGAUGAAACCUUUAUUGAUGCCUUGGAACAUGGGCUCCCCCCGACGGGUGGAUGGGGAUUAGGAAUCGAUCGAUUGGUGAUGCUUUUGACCGACAGUAACUCGAUCAAAGAGGUCCUCUGCUUCCCCGCCAACAAACCAUUACCAAAGGAAUCUUCAUAA